AUGUCGUUGUGUCUGCAAGGAGGCGUUUCUGCAAUCUCUGCUUCCGUGAACCUCGCGAGAACUGAGCCUGCCAAACGCCGCUUCCCGUCUCACCAAUGGCUGCAUUCCUCGCAAUUCUGCAAAAACCACCUGACAAGUCACCUGAAAUAUCGUCUGACGAGCCACGCGACAGGUCAGCGCAGCACGGCCAGCUGGGUCAGAAAUGGUUUCAUGACUGAAACGGGGGGUGGUGAGUGGGACGAGGAGGACGAAGAGGAAUUUGAGGAAGACGAGGAGGAGCAUUGGGAGGAGGAAGAGGAGGAGGAGGAGGAGAGGGUGGAGACGGUCCAAGUUCAGUCGAGGUUGUAUGAGGACUCUUCGGGUUACAGCGAAGGGGAUGAGCAUGAGGCAAAGUCUCAUGCGGCGAAUCAGGCGGAGGAGGAGAAGAAACAGGAGAACCAGCAGCAACAGCAGCAGCCACUGCAGUGGCUGGCGGAAGGAGCUGCUGCUGCGUUGAAGGGAGCUGUGGAAGGGGGUGUUGUGGCUGCUGCAGUGGGGGCUGUGCUGGAGGCGAGUCAGCCCGCGGAGGAGCAUUCGGAUUUGGACGCGCGGGAGAAGGGCGAGGAGUAUUCCGCCACCAUGCAGAUGGCCAUGGGGAACACAGCGCUGGUGUACCGCCACGAGCUGGGCAUGAACUAUGCGCGCGUGCUGCCCAAUCUCAUCGUCGGUUCCUGCCUGCAGUCCCCGAUGGAUCUGGACCACCUGCGGGAUGUGGAGGGCGUGGGGGCAGUGCAGUGCCUGCAGCGUGAUUCCGACCUCGAGUACUUCGAUCUGGAUAUCAACCCGAUCAUCGAGCGGGCGGCAGAGCGUGGCGACAUUCGGCACUUGUGGACUGAGAUCAGGGACUUUGACCCCUUUGACCUGCGCAUGCAGCUGCCGAGGGCUGUAGCAGCGCUGCACAAGGCAGUGAUGGAGUGUGGCACGGCGUAUGUGCACUGCACUGCCGGCCUUGGCAGGGCCCCGGCUGUAGCGGUGAGUCCCGGCUGCGGGCAGGUUGUUAUGAUUGCCAUCUCACCUCACCUCGCACCUUCUGCCUCUCCUCCCUCUCUACUCCUAUCCCUAUCUCUGCGCCUCACCCCCCUGUCUGCUCCACUCCCCCUUUGGGCUCCUCUCUCCCUUCUGUGCUCCUUUUCCCUUCUCCACUCCUCUCCCCAUCCAUUCUUUUCCCUCCUACGCCUCCUGUCUCCACGCCUUUCUGCUUCCCCCCACCUCAAUGCUCCCCUCCUCCCCCCCCCAAUGCUCUCCCCACUCUAA